AUUUACGUUCACAACCCUUAUAUGAAGUAAGCUUAUUUAAAAGUUUGAAUAUCCGAAUUUGUAUUUCCAAAAUCAUCUAAAAAUCUGGUUUCUACGUUUUCGGGUAAUUCUUGAUGAUGAUCAAACAACAUAUCGCCCCACUUUCUAUACUUUGACAUGUCCUCGUUCAGUCCAUCUCCAAUCAGUAUUCAACCAUGAAUUCCACAGGCCGAAUGCUCCCACAAAUUCAACACACCAAUAAAACCACCUACACCUACAACACCAUGAUAAAAACUCAUCUCUCAAAUUCCAACACAAACCCACAAAUGGCGUUGGAGCUUUAUGUUAAAAUGAAAAGAAAUGGGAUCAAUUGUGAUAAUUAUACAUACCCAUUUGUCCUGAAGGCGUGUAAGAUGAUAUGCGGACUGUGGGAAGGCAGACAGGUUCAUGGUGAAGUUAUGAAAGUCGGGUUCUUUGAUUCCGAUGCGUUUGUGAGAAACGGGCUGAUUGGAAUGUAUUGCAAGUGUCAGCAGAUGAAUUGUUCCAGGAUUUUGUUUAAUGGAUUCCGUGGGAAAGAUCUUGUGUCAUGGAAUCUAAUGUUAGGCGGAUAUGUAGAGUGUCGUAAUAUGGUGGAAGCACAGAAGCUGUUCGAUGAAAUGCCUGAAAGAGAUGUUGUUUCUUGGUCCGUUAUGAUUGAUGGAAAUUAG